AUGAGCCAGAUCAGCCAACUUUUCCCGCCUGCUCCCAAGUUCACGGAGAAAGACCUUGCAGACCAGGCAGGCAAGGUCUUUCUCGUAACUGGCGGCGCCGCAGGCAUCGGCUUGGAGCUCGCAAAGAUCCUCUAUGCGCACAAUGCGAAGGUGUGGAUCGCAGCUCGCUCGGAACAGAAAGCCUCCAAGGCCAUAGCAUCCAUCGAAGCCAGCUUCCCCAAAAGCAAAGGCGAGCUGGUUUUCCUACAUCUCGACCUCAAUGACUUGAUGGUGGUAAAAAAAUCCGCCGAGGCAUUCCUCGCCCAAGAAACCCGUCUCGAUGUGUUGUGGAACAAUGCCGGAGUGAUGAUCCCCCCGCAAGGCUCGAAAACGAAACAGAAUUACGAGGCCCAGCUUGGAACCAACUGUCUCAGCCCUUUCCUUUUCACAAAACUUCUGACACCUCUCCUGGUCGAGACUGCCAAAACGGCACCGCGAGGAAGCGUCAGAGUGGUUUGGCUGGGGUCGUCGGCUGCAGAAAUGAUGUCGCCUAAGGGAGGAGGGGUUGACAUGACGAAUCUCGAUUACAAAGAGGAUAAAUCAGCUUGGUACAAGUAUGGUGUCAGCAAAGCCGGCAACGUACUGUACAGCAAGGAACUCGCCAAGCGGCACCAAGCCGACGGUGUCCUCAGCGUGGCUCUGAACCCAGGCUAUCUGAAAACGGAGCUCCAGCGCCACAUGUCCGGCGUCGGAGCUUCCAUCUUCAACCUCUUCCUCCACCCUCCCAUGUAUGGCGCCUACACCGAACUUUUCGCCGGAUUGUCCCCCAAGGUUACGCUUAAAAAUUCAGGCGCAUGGAUCAUCCCCUGGGGCCGCUUCAGUAGUAUACGGAAGGAUAUCGAGGCCGCCGGAAAGUCUAAAAGCGAAGGCGGGACGGGACGUGCGGCGGAAUUCUGGGCGUGGAGCGAGAAACAGGUCCAACCGUACCUGUGA